AUGUCUCUCCUCUCAGUCUCGACGGCAGCCUCGCUGGCUCGCCAAUGCGCUCGUCCUUCCGCCGUCCGCUCCUCUGUCGCCGCCCUCCAGGUCCGCAAUGCCGGUUCCAGCGCCACCACUGCUGAGAGCUACACCAGCCCUUUCCGUGGCACCAGCAACCACCGCGACACCACCCACAUUCCCGACUUCAAGAAGUACCGCAACACUGGUGGCGAGACCCAGAACAAGGUCUUCCAGUACUUCAUGGUCGGAACCUUUGGUGCCGUGACCGCCCNNCUCGGCGCAAAGGCCACUGUUCAGGGUAUGCCGUAA